UUGAUUGAAGGCUCUAUCAAGCCCAAGAAUCUGCAAAACCAGCCAACAAGUCUUUCUAGAUGUUAGUCCAGGAAGCCAAAAGACACAGGGUGACAUCACACCAAUAAGCCAGUUAAGGAAUACUAAAAUUGAAUACUUUCUGGACUUGUAUGACCAUCUCCAUUGCUUGUUGGAACAAGCCAGAUAACUUAUUUGUCAAGUCUAGACUAAGUGACCACCAACAAAAUGGGUAGGAGAGUAAGAACUGUAAAGAGGUGUGCUGCAUAUCUGCACCUGCUCAGCUGCCUUGCGUUUGGACUCUGCUCUAUAGGACUAGCCUACGCACAUGAUGGAUCUCAAAGUAAGGAGCAAAAGGCAGCCCUGGGGGACCCCGCCGCUGCAAUAGUCCCUGGGGAAUUAAAGGACAAUGACAUAAUAGUGAACGAAGACAAAGGAGAAGGGGGUCUGGAUAGCCCAGGGGAGAAAGGAAGAGUUGACUUCACAUUUGUCCAUGCCUUUGUGGCGUCACUUUCAGUAAUCAUCGUCAGUGAGCUGGGAGAUAAGACAUUCUUUAUUGCAGCUAUCAUGGCUAUGAGGCACCCCAGGAUUACAAUCUUUGCUGGUGCUCUGGGUGCGCUUGCAGUUAUGACCGUUCUUUCAGCAUUGCUUGGUUACGCAAUCACCAUCAUUCCCCGCAAGUUCACAUACUAUGCCUCCACGGUGCUCUUCUUCAUCUUUGGUAUCCGCAUGCUUCGGGAGGGGUGGGGCAUGUCGCCUGACGAGGGGCAGGAAGAGCUGGAGGAGGUCCAGGCUGAAUUAAAACGGAGGGACGAGGAGAACUCCCUUAGUCAGGGAACUAAAAGUCAACCAAACCAUAUAGAAAACCAUGUAGAUGGCGACAUAGACGAGAGAGAAAAAGAGAUGAAAUCUAGUAUGACCCAAGAUCCAGAAUCAGGUAUAAUAAGAGGAGGUUACAGACGGAGAGUUUUAGGCAUCUUUUCUCCUAUCCUAUUGGAAGCUUUCACGCUCACAUUCUUAGCGGAGUGGGGAGAUAGAUCGCAAAUGACAACCAUUGUAUUGGCAGCUAGAGAGAAUGUUCUUGGCGUGACAUUAGGUGGUACAUUAGGACAUGCCUUCUGUACAGGAUUAGCAGUAAUAGGUGGUAGGAUGAUUGCACAAAGGAUAUCAGCUAGAACGGUAACAUUGACUGGAGGGGUUGUCUUCUUAGUGUUUGCUCUAUCGGCACUCUUCUUUUCACCUGACGAUUCAUGAGGUGCACUCCGUAGCUUUAAGUAGUUUAAAAACAUUAUUUUUUAAAAUAUUCUAUCUGGCCGAUCCAUACUUGCACUUUUGUCAUAAGCCAACUGAAAGAUUAAUGAAAGUAGUUGCAAUAAACACUGAUUUGUGAGCGUGUCUGCAAAAAUCAAGGUUUAUUUCCAAUUUUCCAUCAUAUCGUGCUAGAUUAAAGUCUGGUACUGUUACAUAAAAUGAACUUUAUGAAAUCAUGAAAACUAAAGAUGAUAGACAAUCACAGUGAAGAUCGCCAACACCGAUAAGUACACGUGGGACAGUGUAUUGUUAUUAGAUGUAAACUGGGUUCCAAAAGAAACAUAUCAAAUUUCACAAGCGCUCUACACAAAUUCCACUCAGUCAAAUUCACAAUAUUUUGACACAGGCUAGCUUCAUUAAUCUUUACUUAGCACAUGUCAAUAAGAUUGGUUUAAUAAUAAAGAGAGUGUAGCCCCUCAAAUCAAUUGGUUCCAGAACUCAAAGUCACAAAAUGGAAAAAGAAGGUCCAAUGAAAAUGAGAUGGGAAUAAAGAAACUUACCAGUUUAUAAAAGUUCACAGUAUGACCAUCGGCAUGUUUAAUUGAUUGCCUCAAUAACUAAGAAGUUACAAGAAGUUAAAAUAAAAAUUUUUAACACACCUACUGAGGUAAAAAAAAGCAUAUUGCAUGAAUGGACUCUCAAUCAUGUCAAUAGCAGUCUAGCAAAGAAUGACCAUUUAACUGAGACUGAACGUAAGACUUUUGUUGCUUUUGAUUCCGGAACCAAUUGAUUUGAGGGGCUACAGCCUCUCUAUUAUUGAACAAAUCUCUUAAUUAUUGACAUGUGCUUGAUAGUAAAGAUUAUUGGAGCUAGCCUGUGUCAAGAUAAUGUGAAUUUUGACUGCAUGGAAUUUGUGUAGUGCGCUUGUAAAGUUUGAUAAGUUUCUUUUGGCACCAAGUUUAUUUGGAAAAAUACCCAACCAAGCCAUACCCGUACCAUGCUUAUUUUGCAAAUUUCUCAGCAAUGACACUAUUAUCUUGCAGAAUCCUUUGCUACAUGUUUUCAUUCAUAUAUAAUUCACUUCGGACUGAUGGUUGUAGCCCAUUUAUUUUGAAGCAGGGGAGGAAUUAAUUUUUUUUUUUAGGGGCUACUUUUUUUUACAUUGGGGCUACCACUGAAUAUCUUGGGGCUAUUUUCUAAUUCAUGGGGCUACUUUUUUUUAUGGCAUAUCAGCAAUUACCUUUUGACAUUCCGAGACUCGCUGUGACGCCUAAAAGCUCAAAACAUAUUUGGUGCAUGGGGGGAAUGCCCUAAAGGCCUUUAAUAAUCAACAGUGAUCCCACCAGAGUCGCCUUCAGCUUCACACACUUCAGAUUUGAGCCAAUGAAGUCCCAAGACUUUAUUGGCUUAUUCAAACAUUUUAAGAAAUCAGAUUUCAAUGUGUUUUGACACCCUCAU